UCUCAUCAUAUGUACAUCUAGAGAUUCGGCACAUGCCUCAACCUUCAAAGAUACCUGCAACAAAGUGGGGCCUGCUUGUGGCAUACAUAUCGGAGCAGGCGGACAAGUUGUGACAAUAAACUCAGACAGUGCACGAGAUUUCAUCGGAGCUAUUCGUGCUAAUGUUCGAGACACAACAAAGAUUGUGAUUUGUUUGGUGCCAAAUGACAGGAAAGAUCGAUAUGACGCCAUAAAGAAACAUUGCUGCAUUGAACAGCCCAUUCAAUCACAAGUUUUGGUCACAAAGAAUCUGAAUCCAAAGAAAGCCAUGUCUGUUGUGACCAAAGUUGUCCUGCAAAUGAAUGCAAAGCUAGGUGGGGAGCUGUGGUCGAUUGCAAUUCCUAUGAAAGGAGUCAUGUAUAUUGGUAUAGACACAUAUCACGACAGUGGAUCCGCAAGGUCUGUGGGAGGAUUUGUGGCCUCUAUGAACGACCUGUGUACAAGAUAUUACAGCAAGACAACUUGGCAAGCAUCAAAACAGGAACUGAUCAGUCAGCUGGAAGUUUGCACUGAUGAAGCUUUGCAACAAUAUUUUAAGCUUAACAAUGCUUUUCCUAGUCGGGUCUUCAUCUUCAGAGAUGGAGUUGGUGAUGGUCAGCUACUAGCUGUUAAAGAAAUGGAGCUUACUUCCAUCAAGAGAGCACUGGCUAAGCUACCACAAAAGCCUCAACUGAUAUUCGUUGUGGUAACAAAGAGGAUUCAACAAAGAUUCUUCUUGAAGCAAGGUGGUAGACUCUCAAACCCUACCCCUGGAACCGUUGUUGACACCAAAGUUACCAGUGAUGCUCUGUUUGACUUCUUUUUAGUCCCACAAUCGGUUGGUCAAGGUACGGUAACCCCAACUCACUACAACGUCCUGGAGUUCUCCACCAACAUACAACCAGAUCACCUCCAGCAGAUAGCCUUCAAACUCUGCCACAUUUACUUCAACUGGACUGGAACUAUCAGGGUACCGGCUGUGUGCCAGUAUGCCCACAAACUUGCGUUCUUGGUUGGUAACCACCUCAACAAGGACCCAUCUCCUCAGCUGGCUAACUACCUUUAUUAUCUCUAGAACUUGUUGGUGAACCAGAAAUAUUGGUACUGACAAUAGAAUCCCGUGAGAGACACUGAUUCACGUCUGUGAUGCAAUCUGCAUGCUAAUUAUUGAUUAAAACAGAAUUUCAUCUAUAAUAUGGCUGCUAAAUGCUAAUCAUUUGUAGUGCAGGAGUAUUGAUCGAAGUUAAGCUAGGAAUGUCUCUCCUAAUAGAGCAUGGGUGCAAUUACCAAUGCAGUUUUUGAAUGUAUUUGGUUUUUUUUUAAUUGUUUUGAAGCGUGUCGUUUCGAGAACAGAUAGCACCGUGGCCGUUCUAAUAAAAUUUAUUGUUUGUGCAAAUUUAACUUUGUCAUUAAAAUGUUGCAUGUCCACGAAGCCCAUAAAGCAUAUGCUAUGUGAAGUGAUAUGAGUUUUAAAAAGAAUAGCAACACUAUCAUAUGUACUAUCAUGGUAAGUAAUGAAAUUUUGCCGUACCGUUGUUUUUAACUAUUAUAUGUAUUAGGGAUCGUUCACAUAUUACAUAAGCCAGCCUAGGAGAAGCUAAUACGCUGUGUAAUAUCUUAUAUGUGUAAAGACAAAGUAGUUGUUUCAGUGAAAAGGUUAGAAUUUGGACUGCGUAAUGAUUUUAAAAUAAGCGAAUACAAAAGUUCAAAAACGUGAACGGUCCCUUAUUGUUGACGAUUUCUGUAGAUUUUUUCGCUCGGCGACUUAUCUUGCCAUGCAAGGAAAAUACGAUAUGGUUGCCAUUUAAUCUGUGUCAACAUCCGUUAUGAAGGAUGCAAUUGUGAGGCUGUUUUGCUUUGUUUUUAAUAAUCUUAAUCACUUAUUUUUUAGCAAAAAUACACUUUGUCAAUAAAGGAAAGUAAUUUUAGAUUUUAUAGUUUUUAACUUGAAGGGGUAGUAGCUGCUUACCACAGUACAGUACUUAUUACCAGUUUAAUGUUUAAAAAUAGAUUUCAAAGUGGACUCAAUAUUAUAUUAUUACUAUAUAAAAUAUUUCUAUCGAUUUGGGUUUGUCACAGAGAAAUCUUUCAAGCUGAACUAAUAGAAAUAUGGCUCAUAUCAUAAUAUUAAUAUUUUUCCUGGAAAUUCUAAGCAUAGGCUACUCUUAGUUACAGUUCAGUUAAAAUUAGGGAAGGAAUUUCAUAAAAUGGACGAUUUUGAUAUUAAAUAUAAGCAUUCUUACCCUUUCAAAUCAGUCCCCAUUCAUUACGUGUAACCAGAUUGUGACACUGUAACGAUGCUAAUGGAAAGUCAAUUUGAGCAGACCUAUAAUCUACUUAAAGGAUAAACUCGGCUUUCAUGUUUUAUCAAUCAUAGCUAAUAUCUUACUUUGAUAAACUUUUUUUUCUC